AAACACUUUCAGCUGCGCAGAUCAAGUGUCGAGCAUUCCCAUUCCUAAACCCUAAACCCGCCGCCGCCAUGGCCGCCGCCGCUCGCCUUUUCCUGCGCCGCCGCCUCUCCACAGCCACCGCCACGCCUCCGACCCCGGCCUCCAUUCUUAACCCUUCCUCCCCGACCACCGCGCUCACCUCGCGGGAGAAGACCCGCCUCGCCAUCUCCCUCCUCAAGUCCUCCCCGCCGCCGCCGCCCGACCAGAUCCUGUCCAUCUGCCGCGCCGCCGCACUCUCUCCGAAAACCCACCUCGACCGUGUUGCCCUCUCUCUUGCCACCUCGAGGCUAUCCUCUUCCCCGGACUCCGUCCGAGAUCUUACAUCCUCCCUUCUCAUCCCGCAUCACACCUCACACGCCAUCGUGCUCUUUGGUCAGGCCGGCCUCCUCCCCGACGCCAUCUCCACCUUCCAGUCGUCCCCCUCGACCAAAUCCCUCAACGCCCUCCUCUUUGCCUGCCUCGUCUCCGGCAACCAUGCCGAGGCUGCCCGCAUCUUCCAGACCUUCCCCGACGCCCACAAUGUCAAGCCCGACACCGAGACAUUCAACGCCAUCAUUAAGUCCUUUGCUGAGUCUGGCACAACAAGGUCCUUCUACUCGGUGUUCGACGAAAUGUGCAAGAAGGGCGUGAAGCCCGUCGCCACCACAUUUACUAGAGCCAUUGCUGGAUUUUACAAGGAGGAGCGUUUCGAUGAUGUGGAGAAGGUGAUUGGGCUUAUGAAGAAGCACGGUUGUGGUGAGUCACUCCAAGUGUACAAUGCAAGGGUCCAGGGGCUGUGCAAACUUGGCCGGAACGAUGAGGCGAAGGCGUUGAUGAAUGAGAUGGUCAAGAAAGGGACCAAGCCAAGCUGGGUUACUUACAACCAUUUGGUUUAUGGAUACUGUAAGGUAGGGAAUUUGGAGGAAGUGAAGCAGCUAUACAAGGAGAUGGGACAGAAGAGGCUUGUUGGGGAUAGUAGCCUCUAUUUUACAGUAAUAUUCCACCUUUGUAAGUCUGGCGAUUUUGAUACUGCCCUUGGUAUAUACAAUGAGAUAGCACCUAGGAAUUGGGUGCCCUGCUUCUCGACCAUGAAGAUGCUUGUGAAUGGGCUUGCUGGGAGCUCUAGGAUCGAUGAGGCAAAAGGUAUCAUUCAGAAGAUGAAGGAGAAGUUCCCGGAUAAGGAUGAGCCAUGGAAGGAGGUAGAGGAGGCACUGCCUCAGUAGAAUAACCAAAGCACGAAAUCGCAGGUAAAAGAUUACUGGCCAGUGAUUCAAGUUUGUCGCCGAAUAUUCCUUUUCAAAAUGUUUGACAAUGCGUGCCGACAACACAGUUAGCAGUUGGGAACUGUACCAGUAUCUGAUGGACUGCUCUAAGCAUAUGGAGCUUUGUCUCAGAUGCAAUUUUACUCUUGAAAACAUGGUGGCCUCAGUCGGUAAUCUGUUUAGCAGGAUGCUGAGGUGUUUUUUCAAAAAGAUGAUAUCUGAGGCAAGGCAUAUGUUACUUUGUCGGUAAUCUGUUUAGCAGGAUGCUGCAAAUUAUAGUCAUAAGGAGUAGGAGAAAAUAACCAUGCUCUUGUUUUCCUGUUAUGUUAGUCUAUUGCUUCAUGUCUGCUGGUUACUAUGGCAGCAUGGCCGAAUAGUACUUUUUCUUCAGUUAAAAGCAAAAGCACCUCUGCCCUCCCUGCAAAA